AUGCUCAGUCUCAGUAGACAAGUUUUGGCUGCCUCUGCCCGCGUGCAGACUACUCUCCCUUCGGUGGUUGCUCUCCAAGCCUGCCGACGUUUGGUGGACAACCCUGGAUCCAUCGUCGACCGGUCUCCGAGUUCUCCUCUGCAGACUAUGAGGCAAGCGUUGUUGGUUUCUGGUCAGUUCAAACCGAAGGAUGCUAAUGAGACUCGUUCGUUUGUCGCCGAUUUGAUCGAGGUUGAGGAUAUGCUCACUUUCGCUGGGAUGAAGACUUUCAUGCCUCCGCAAUCACAGAAGCUGUUGAAGCUGACCAGAGUGGAAGCUUAUAAGUAUCGUGAUAGCCGCAGGGAAAAUCAGAUAGUUCAAACACUUAAAUCUUUCGGUAUGUUUGCUGAUGUGGUCUACACCUCUCCUAGACUUACUCAUAUCAAAGUGGAGUGGAUGAAGGGAGCUUUCAUCAUACCUCAUGAGGGUUGUGAUGAGGAGAGUCUUCAACGUUACGCUAGGCGGGUCGCGGAGACCGAGGUCUGCAAGGUUGCCAUUCUGGACAAAUGGGAUACUGCUAUCAACCAGAGGCAUUACCUGAAGAACGCCCUUGUCGCCUUGCAAAAAGCAGGCCCGGAGAGUAGCCGUUUUACGGAGGCUAGUGGGGUUGACGAGGCUGACUAUGAUGUUGGCGUUGUCAGUGAUAUAGGGGAGAAAGCCUUGGAGGUCCAGUCUGCCUUGGAGGAGGGUGAUGGUGAGGAGGAGGGGGGAGAGGAAGUCGGCAUGGGAGCCGCUGGGGAUGAUGAUGAUCAUGAUGGGAAUGCCCCUGAGGGUUACGAGAUCGAGGAGGAGGUGGUGGAGGAUGGAGGAGGAGGAUGCAAGGCAGGUGAUCAAGGUGAGCAGCAGCAGUAUGGUGUGGAGGAAGAGGAUGCUACUGCUGCUACUGCUGCAGCUGCUGCUUCCGAUAGUAUUGCUACGCAUGCCCAGGACGGAGCAAACAUCGAACUGGUCGAUGAGCUGAUCGCACCAGAGGCCCCUUUCCCAAGCAACCCUGCAGAGGCCCGAUUGCUACUACAGAAACUCACUGAGGCUGAGAGUGGCCUGUGUGUAUCCACGGCCUUCCUUCAAUCCUUCAUCGACCAGUUCAUCACUACACUCCCUCGUGAGAUCUGCUCCUCCAUAGUGGAAGUGAAGACAUAUAAGAAUGUACAGGAGAUGACCAUGGUUAUCAGACAUACGCUCAGACAGUUGCACAAGAGGAAGGAGGCCAUACCGGCUACCUUUGAUGUCCUUAAGGCUGAGGUCGAACUCUCUGAUGAGUUGAGGAGGAUGUGCACCUUUAUCCACACUGAUGAUGGAUCGGAGGAGCUCACUCUGGAGCAUUGGAAUAGGUUCAGACCCCUGUCCAUACCCUCAGUGUGUAGGAAUCUGGCUAAGUCAGGACGCUUGCGGAAGCUGAUCCAGGUCACUUGCCGUCAUGUUCGAGAGCUGUCGAGAGAGCAGUGGGUGGAUCUGUGUAUGGUCCUCAACAUCAACGAGAGCAACUUUGAAGAGGUGGUGGAGGCCCUGGUCCCAUGGGUGAAGCAUUUCGUAGUGCCAUACGUGAGUAAUCUGAGUGGUGGCUUGGGCACAGUGGCAGCUAUUGUCGAGCAUGUGAAGUCCCUAGUAGAGUGGGCUACCUCCGUUGCUCUCCAGCAUGCCGUGGACUCCACGGCCGGAUAUGCGUUCGCUGUGGACCUCUUGAAAGGUGUCAUAGCCGCGGUCAAGAGAGCAAUAGCUGUGCCCGAUGCUGAGGUCCCCCUGAGUCGGACUCCCCUGCAUUGGGCGGCCCUUGGGCACCUCAGAGGGCUCAUGGACAAAUGCACAUUCUUGGAGGAAGCGGAAACGCUGUUGAAACGCCUUCACUUGUGUCUAGAAGUUCGACAGUCUUUUGGGAUCCCGGUCAACUUAUCGGACAUUCCAGAUGAUGCAAAGUUGAGGAGGGAGUGGUUCGGCCGCGCAGGCUUGGCCCUUCUGAAACGAGUUCCUACCGAUAAGAUCCGGUCUAUUGUGGAGGACUCUUUGUAUCCUCUGGGUCAGCGUAUGGACCUCGACUACCCAGUUGAAGAAGCUGUCACUAACAUUCUGGCGAGUUAUGCGGCGCAUGAUCUGGCUGAAGACUCUGUGGAUCAAACAACUCCUUCCGACUUUGCUAGAGUGAUGGCAGUAUUCGUGUGCAUGCGUACAGACUCUAGCCGAGCUCGGAUACUGCCGCAUUUGGUAUGGAUAGCAGUGAGAUGUGCUACCUCGGGAGAAGGCAGUUCGGAUGAGCUAGAGGAGGCCGAACGCAUAUGUGAAGAAGCGGAGAGUUGGGACCUGGAGGCAGAGGAUAGGGCCGGGGUAGCUGCCAACAAGAUGAGGAUACUCCUCCACAAGGAGGCCAGACCCCAUCUGCCGUAUGACUCCACUACGACUUAUCCGGAUGCCCUCGAUGCCAUGUUGCCCACGCCCCAGGUGGUCUUCCUAACGGUGACCCAUCUAGCCACACGUCUCGACGACGACGAUGCUUUCCGUGCUGCACUACGCAUUGCUGAUGAGUGCCGUAGAGCCAGGGAGGAUGAGGACGGGCCACGCGACAAGUUAUUGGCUCGCUUUGGUAAAUGCAUAUGCCCCUCGGAAGUAUUGUGUACCCGCUUCGUAUCUGUAUUUGAGCACAGUCUGGGCCCGGGCCCUACUGAGGGGGACGUGUUGGAGGGCAUCACGAGGGCCUCUGCCGUCUUCCGAGAGACACUCCCGUUCGAGUCACAGCUCUCGGGCCUUCGGUCGUUCAUAACCCUACUCUGGACUCGUUGUGGCGCUUCGUCCCUACACCGGCUACCCCUCUACUGCCAGACCGGGAUUAUGGCCGCUAAGAUUGCUCUAACAGAAGGGUCGGACACUAUCAUACAAGAGCGUGGACGAUGCUUCCGCCGAUCUCUGUGUUUGAUCGAGGAGUUCGGCUUGGAGGUCCUGCCGAGGGACCUUUGGUACUCUAUCUCCUCCUCGUCCGCGGGGACGGGGGAGUCGGACGAUCACGAGGAGGAGGAGGUCGGUGCGUGGGCUCCAGCGGGAGAACGUGCCAGGAUGAAGUUGCAGAAACUUUUCCGAGAUGCUGUUAUUGGUCCUUCGACGGCGAACUGUCGGCCUACCCGCCUGUCGGAGCUCCUCGGCAUUCCUCGUCGUACGGCCUCUUAUAUUAUGGCCUCUGCCAGGGCGAGCGAGACUGUGCCGGCCUCCCCUACAGCUGAGGAGGGGUCGGUGGGCAGCAACGUACUCUUGGAUGGGUCUGCUCGAUCGUGCCAGAGGGCCCUGGAGUACAUCCGGAAGCAGCUUGAGGAGCAUCUACUGGGUAUGGUGGGACAUGAUAGCUUCUCACAUGUGGAGCGGCCGUCGGUGGAGAAGCUGUCGGCCUUGACAAAACUGGCGGCGAGGUUGACAGCGGUAUGUGAUACUAAGAUGAUGGUGAAUGAGGAUAUUCUUGGCACUGUCCGGAGGCUCCAGUUGGCGACUAGAUUGGUGGCCGCUUCGGACGCUGUUAGUGAAGAGAAGCCCUUGGCGGGCUAUAAGUCGCUGCUUUAUUCUGUGCUAAAGUGGUGUUCAUCGCCGUCGUCCUUGAUGCCUGCGGUGGAGACCUUCCGUGCGGCCGUUGAAGUAGCGUGUGGGGCUGAUUUGGAUGCUGAUGAUGAGGAAGACGACGACGACGAGGAGGAAGAGGAUUUCUUUUCGGAUAUCUUGGCCUCGCAGAACUGGUCGAUCGCGGCGGAGGUGGCCUCCUGUAGGCGGCUGGAUGUCCUUGCCGAGUGGCUACGUCGCAUAACCAAUACUGGAGAGGAGGAGGAUGCGUUGCUCAUGCUAAUGCUGGGCCUGUCCCUUCCUCAAGCUGUCUCUGAGGACACCUUCGACAAGGCUAUCAUAGAGAAGAGGGCGUCAGGCCAGGCGUCGCUGUCUAGCUUCUUGGCGGGCACGGCGAGCUGGCUCCCCCUCCUGCGAGAGUUCCUACCAGCAGACGCCCUUGAGCAAGAGGUGUCUCGUCUACAGCUAGCAGACACUUGUACAGACCUCACCGUGGCUGACGCGACGCUCGCUGAACAGCCUAUGGGGGGAGCUAUUGUGAAGGCCUUCGAGGACAACGCUUAUACGUUGUUCGCGAAGAAGUGCUUGCAGGACCGAUGGGCUAUAUACUGUUCUGAGCUCUCUGUUGAGGUCGACCCGGUUUGCUUGGGAGAGGGCAAGGCGGAGUACCUAUGGCCUCUCAUGGCCAAACUCACUGCGGCUGGUGCUGAGCUGGCAUCUAUACAAAUCUUGGCGAAGGACUUCCAACUCCCACAGUGGGAGGCGUCUCUGUUGUGGUGUAGUACGGUGAUACAGGAGCAUCAGGGCGAGGAUAGGAUGGACCGGGCAUGGGCUGAGAUGGAUGAGCUCAUUGGACACUAUCGGACCGAGACACUCCGCGUUAUUGAAUGCGAGAUCCUCGGUGUUGUGCAGGACCUGUCCCUCAUCGAGAAGGCCUUGGCUAGACUACCUGAGGGGCCUUUUUCGGCUCAUAGGUUUGCUGCUAAAGCGAUACGGGACUAUGAGGCCAAGACGGGUACUGUUGGUAACCUUACAUUGAGGAAGAUGGUUGAGGACCCUCAGUGUGCUCUUAUGGCUGAGCUCAUGGACCGUAGCCUCACUACGGUGGAAGCUAUCCUGGAGGUGAUAGGCCCGGAGUCGGCAGCAGGGUUCAUAUCAGAUGCCAGCGAGUAUAUACUCCAUCACUCAGAGAGGCAGAGUAAUGGGGUGCUCACUGUGGUUCAUGGCGUGGGGGAAGCCGAUACGGACGGCUUCCUACGUGUAGAGAAUCGACUAAGUACUGAGCCUGACUACUGGACAGUGGCUAUCAGCGAACAGCUACUCCCCCUCAUUGACAAGUUGAAGGAUAUAAUGCCCACUCGGGCGAGCGAGAUUCUCAAGGUGUUUAGUGAUAUGCUCCCGGUGUGUGUGGAUAAGCUGAGAGCAUGGCAGAGGUUGAAGGCCCUCGAAAAGAAAGGGGCACCACGGCACAGAUCAAGCGCUGAGAUCAACGCUCUAGAGACCAGAGUGAGCGAGCCACAUAUGGGGAGACCUAUCGUCCUUCAUGUUCGCCAGAUUCUACUCAGAGGAUACCCGAAGUAUGCGCCUUUCGAGCCGAUACUGGUGGAGCUAGGCCCUUGGGCUUGCGCAGAGGCCAUCGGUUAUACUGGCCUUGUUGAGGAAGGGACUGCUGAUGAAGCUUAUGAGCUGCUUACGGAGGUCCUGGCGCUGAAUCGUGUCAAGUUGGGUGUCACCAUGCGGGAGCUGGCCGAUAAGUGGGUGAAGACCCCUGGGAGGCAGGAGCCGUGGAUGAAGAUAGUGAAGCUCCAACGAGAGAAAGCACCGAAGUGCGGAGUUGAUAUCUUCGACCGAGNNNNUGCCGACGUCGGAUGCGACGUUCGCUGA